CUAACAAUAAGAGUUAUUUCAUGUGGUUGGAUAAAAUUGUUUUCUUAGAGAAAUUUGGAAUAAUGAUUACUCUCUACAAUGGUAUUUCAUUUCCAGCCUCAGGAAUUUAAGUGUGACGUGAAUCAUGUUCAUUCGCCUCUUCAGAAAGAUUUCUCCACAAUGGAGGAAGCCUUGGCCUGGCGAACAAGUGAAGAGCUGGAUCGCUACUUCAGCAUUCGACAUUGUCGGAAGAAUUACGAAAUGUUUAAUUGCGCCCAAAUAUACGAAGGUAAACGUCAAGACCUAGUGAAAAGAUCGAAGAAAAUCCACUCUUGUCCAGCCAAGUGAGUAUGCUUUUAACCGGUUUUGCCUGGCUUUACUGUUUGAAGGUUUUUCAAAUCGGCCUACAUCUUUGCAGUACAUAGCAUAAACAAUUUGAAAAAUAUUAAAUUACCAUUGACAGAUUUGUGUUCAACCAAAAGCGGGUAUGUCAGUGUGACGAGUCGGUAACGAUUUUUUUUUUGCGGUUGAGAUUUGCGAUUGAGAGAUGCUCCAAAAAAGUAAAGACGGCAUUGUCGAUCUUUUAAAGACUGGGCUACAAAAGAAUGUCAUCUUGGAAAAGCACUUUCCUCCAAACUCCGAAAACUGUAUGAGUAAACCGGUCACGGCCCAAGAUAUUUACCGACUUGAAGAGGCUAACAGGUUGCAAGGUAUGAGAGUGAGCUCAUUUGAUAUGUUAGUUCUGUGACAUAAGAAGAGCCGGAUUAAUUAAUUUCUAAGUUAUGAAAUCAUUUACACUUAUAUAACGAAUGCCUGCAAUUUGUUCCAAACUCGAAAAUUAGUCACUCAAAUGUCAUUUUGGUUGAAUAAAUAGUUGAAGUAAAUCAUUUCAGAGAAAACAUUGAAUUAGGGACAACAUAUCAUUGUAAUGGCUCAACUGAAUUGAAGGACCAUUUAUAGACAGAAAUAUAAAAUAACAGAAUUUCGUGGCCUGUUGUAGGCUUGUCGGGAUAUUGUCGCAGAAAGCAGCACAAGAUUCAAGAGCUUGCACCAUUUCUCGUUUUGUUCGUCUUGAUAAUUACUUAAUACGUAUUGUUUUACCGUGUUCCGAGUAAAUAACUUUAAUGUUUACUUCUCCUUUUAGUCACACACACACUGUUGCAAUUAAAGGUUUGCAUUUCAUGUUUUGACAAAUCCAUAUAACCAUCUGGCUUUGUUGUCUUGAAUGAUUGAAAAUAAAAUCCCCCUUUUAUAAAAAAAACCUAAGCAGGGAAAUUCUUUUUCCCAAGAUUAACCUACCUCUUUUUAGGGUUCGAUCCUAAAAUAUCCGAAGUGGCGAAUGUGACGGCGCUAAUGGGUGACACUUCCUUUCGAUGUUUCAAUUAUGGUCGCACAUUCGACAUGAGAAACUUAGCGAUCAACGUACGUCGCAAAAUUGUUGACACCAAUGGACAAUUCCUUAUUUGCUUUGCCAGCCCCGAAAUGAUCCAACGAUUCGAGAACCAUCCUUAUACAGUAGCGGUUGAUGGAACUCAUGGGACAAACGCCUCUAAGUUUAUGUUGAUAUCCGUCAAUAUUGUUGACUCCAGGGGCGAGGGGAGCCCGAUUUUUCAAUCCCUUGUGGAAACAGAAAAUCAAAUAGUAUUUUCGGUGGCACUGAAUAUGUUGAAAUCUUUGGCUCCCGUGGCAUGUCUUCAAGCUCAAGUUCUCUUUGACGACGAAGAGUUGAAGUUUCAUCACAACGGAAAAGAAAUUGAGGAGAAGGCUAAGAAAGUUCGAGAAAUCAUGGCCUCCAAGACAAUCCCAAAAGAAGUGAAGAAGAAACUUCAUCAAGACCUAGAAAACAUUUCAAUGGGCCAAAUAACUUUCCAAGGGAUGAACAAUCCACCUUCCUUCCCGGGACUUGACCGAAAAAGGAGUCAUUCUCUCCAAAACAGAUCAUUUUUCCCUGUUAAGAAAAGCUCUGUGGAUUAUAAUUACCAAGCGUCCUAAAUUUUUGGCUUUCAUCUUGAGUUUUUGUUAUUUUCCGUACUUUCUCUUAAACUCCUUGUUUUGAAGAAAUUAUCCUAUGGACUAUCUAUUACUUUGUUAAUAUCUUACUCUAGCAAGU